GUGGAUCCUGUGACGUCAGCGAGUCCGAACCGCCGGAGCUGAGCAAGGGGCCGGGGGCGCCGAUCCGGGAAAGCUGGGCCAGGAGAGCAGAACUGGGAGACCAGAGCGCAGCUGGAACCGGCCGGACCCGGAGCUCCUCAGGCACUUACUCCCCCGCCCAGGCGAUCGGCGCACGUAUAGUGGCUCACAGGCCCCCGCCCGGGCCCAGUCCCCUCCCGGGCCCUCCAUGGCCCGGGCCGCAGCCCUCCUGCCGUCGAGAUUGUCGCCGACGCCACUACUGUUGCAGUUGCUGCUACUGCUGCUGCUCCGGGAAACCGGAGCCCAGGAUGUUCAAGUGCCACCUGAGGUACUAGGCUUUGUGGGGAGCACUGUGGAGCUUCCAUGCCACCUGCUGCCACCUACCCCCAAAGUGGAAGUUUCACUAGUGAUUUGGCAGCGUCUGGAUGCAGCUGGAGUCAGCCAGAAUGUGGCCACCUUCCACCCUAAGUUUGGUGCCAGCUUCCCCAGCCCACAGCCAGGCAGUGAGCGGCUGUCCUUCGUUGCUGCUGGGCAGGACACCGGGAAUGGGCAAGGCACCAAGAUGGAGCUUCGGGACGCCACGCUGGCUCUCCGGGGGCUGACAGUAGAGGACGAAGGCAACUACACCUGCGAAUUUGCCACCUUCCCUAAGGGCUCGCUCAAUGGGGUGACCUGGCUCAGAGCCAUAGCCGAGCCUCAGAACCAUGCUGAGGCACAGGAAGUCACGCUCAGCCUAGACCCUGUACCUGUGGCUCGCUGUGUCUCCACAGGGGGCCGCCCUCCUGCCCGAAUCUCCUGGUUGUCACCCCUGGACGGGGAGGCCAGAGAGAGUCAGGGGCCAGGACCCCAGCCUGGCACAGUCACCGUCACCAGCCGCUUCACCUUGGCACCCUUGGGACAAGCAGAUGGUGCCAAGAUCACCUGCAAAGUGGAGCAUGAGAGCUUCAAGGAGCCAGUCCUGCUGCCUGUGAUCCUUUCUGUGCGCUAUCCACCCGAAGUCUCCAUCUCUGGCUAUGAUGAUAACUGGUACCUCGGCCGUGGUGAGGCCACCCUAAACUGCGAUGUCCGCAGCAACCCAGCACCCACGGGCUAUGACUGGAGCACGACUUCAGGCGUCUUCCCAGCCUCAGCAGUGGCCCAGGGCCCCCAGCUGAUCAUCCACUCAGUGGACACACUGGUCAACACUACCUUUAUCUGCACCGUCACCAAUGCUGUUGGCACAGGUCGUGCUGAGCAGAUCGUUUUUGUCCGAGAAUCCCCCAACACAGCAGGUGCAGGGGCCACAGGUGGCAUCAUUGGAGGCAUCAUCGCUGCCAUUAUUGCUACUGCUGUGGCUGCCACAGGCAUUCUCAUCUGCCGACAGCAGCGGAAGGAACAGAGGCUUCAGGGGGCAGAGGAGGAGGAUGACCUGGAGGGACCUCCCUCAUACAAGCCACCAACCCCAAAGGCAAAGCUGGAGGAAUCAGAGAUGCCCUCCCAACUCUUCACUCUGGGGGCCUCUGAGCACAGCCCACUCAAGACCCCUUACUUUGAUGCUAGUGUCUCGUGUGCUGAGCAGGAAAUGCCUCGAUACCAUGAGCUGCCCACCUUGGAAGAGCGGUCAGGACCCCUGCUCCUUGGAGCCACGAGCCUGGCACCCCCCAUCCUCGUGCCUCCAGGGCCACCUGCUGUGGAGGGAACUUCCCUGGAUCUAGAGGAUGAAGAGGAAGAGGAGGAAGACUAUCUGGACAAGAUCAACCCCAUCUAUGAUGCCCUGUCCUACACCAGCCCUUCUGAUUCCUACCAAGGCAAAGGCUUUGUCAUGUCCCGGGCCAUGUAUGUGUGAGCUGCCAUGGAUCUGGCCUCUUAGCUCUCAUCUUUUGAUCUCUUAGCCUUCUGCUAGAGAUCUUUGACCAGUACCCCCUGACCUCUGGCCAUGCCACUUGUCAUUUAACACACAUGCAUCCCAUCUGUGACUUCUACCUUGAUGGCUCCAUUAUGACCUCUGACCCCUGAUCACUGACCCAGAGAAACCUGCUGUGACAAUGGAGACCUGGUAACCUUAUUUUAUGAGGCAGGAGUAGGGAAAGUAGGCUUCUGCCCAACCUGACUUCAAGGACUUCUCUCUAAGACUGUGACCUUAAACCAUACCUCUCAUCUUCCACCAACAUUUUGACUCCUCCAAAUCCCAAAGCAGACCCCAGACCUAGGAUUUGUCCUCAGCCAGUAAAUUCCCAAUAGGUCUGGAGUGUGCAUUAGGGACUCCCUGCUGCUCAGACCUGAGCCCUCAGGCGGCAGGACCCCAUUUGCCCCCACCCCACUUCAUUCCCCAAAGGUGGAGGGAAGGGAUUCCCCAGCCCAAGGUAGAGCUUUCCUAUCUCCUCCCUCCUGCAGGCAGGAGUCUCAGGGUCCAGACCCCUCCCUGAGCCCCAAUUCCUAUCUACAGAGCUUGAAGCUUCAACCCAGGACUAGAUGGGGCAAGCCUCAUGCAAAGUGUGCCUUGAUAGCCCCAACCUUGGGAGAAGAAUUUGAAAUUACCAUAAAGACUACUGAAUCCUUUUACCCCUGCCCAGUGGGAUGAGACCUAAACGUCCCCCUUCAGGUCACCUGGGUUGAAGGUAGGGAUAUCAUACUGUUUUGUAAGCUAACCAUUUCCUACAACAUAUGAGUUUAUA